GCAUCUCGGAAACCAGUAGCGCUUGCAGCAUGGCUGACCAACUGACUGAAGAGCAGAUUGCAGAAUUCAAAGAAGCUUUCUCACUAUUUGACAAGGAUGGUGAUGGAACUAUAACAACAAAGGAGCUGGGAAUUGUAAUGAGGUCUCUGGGGCAGAAUCCCACAGAAGCAGAGUUGCAGGACAUGAUUAAUGAAGUAGAUGCAGAUGGUAACGGUACAAUUGACUUCCCUGAAUUUCUGACAAUGAUGGCAAGAAAAAUGAAAGACACAGACAGUGAGGAAGAAAUUAGAGAAGCAUUCCAUGUAUUUGAUAAGGAUGGCAAUGGUUAUAUUAGUGCAGCAGAGCUUCGCCAUGUGAUGACAAACCUUAGAGAAAAGUUAACAGAUGAAGAGGUUGAUGAAAUGGUCAGGGAAGCAGAUAUUGAUGGUGAUGGCCAAGUAAACUAUGAAGAGUUUGUACAAAUGAUGACAGCAAAGUGAAGACGUUGUACAGAAUGUGUUAAAUUUCUUGUAUAAAUUUGUUUAUUUGCCGUUUCUUUGUUUGUAACUUAUCUGUAAAAGGUUUCCCCCUACUGUCAAAAAAAAAAAAAUGCAUGUAUAGUAAUUAGGACUUCAUUCCUCCAUGGUUUCUUCCCUUAUCUUACUGUCAUUGUCCU